UCGCCCAGGUCUGGAAACAAUGGAAGUAGUAACUCCGUGUUCAUUUUGUCGGUUUUGUUCCCUUGUCCAGGUCCUGGGAUUCUGCCCCAUUUCGAGGUACUCCCGGUUCGUGAUUGCUCUCCUCUUGCGUUUCAUGAUAAAGAACACACCGGCUUUCCUGGCGCGUGCAGGGGAGCUCGCGGUUUUGAGGCCCGUUACUGGUUAGGGGCCGGUGAACGAGUCCAGAAGGAGAUUAGUGAGUGAGCUCUAAAUUCUUAGUGGCGUUGAAAUUUGAUUCUUCACACACCAGUGGAGGUACGAUCCGCAAUCUAGUGGCUGUCAGGCCGUAGAUGACCCCCUGAUAUAAACCUUCACUGCGCCGGGGACAAAGACGGCCUCCGACCCUAUGCACACAGUCUCUUGUUGCAGACGUCAGACAAAGCGAGCGCUCCUCAUUGACAGCCUUGCACUCCCAUUCACUCCUUUGAAUGCCCAUUGUCUCCUUGCCAGUGUUGCUGUCACUGUGCAACACUGCUGCCAUUCUUUUUUCAUUGUCGUGAUAGAUCCAAUCCGUGUCUUGAGAAGUCGACAUUCACUCCUUCACGUCAUCGUCCUUCCUUCCCACCCCACACUGCCUGAGCUCUCUCUCGCUCUCUCUCUCCCCCCUCUUCUCGCGUGGAAUAAAAUCCCCAGUCUGCAGCGACCUCAUCUUCGGCUCCAGGUGCUGGUCAGCGCGAACCAUUUCACUCCCUUUGCAGAUCACCAGGCUUAGGGGUUCUAUCAAGAAUCAAUCUGCAUCCUCGAUUGUCUAUUACUCGUUAUAUAUAUAAUCAUGGCUAGAAAAUUCGAAACAGCCUUCUUCGCUUUACAGUUUCUCCUUCUGUUCCUCUCUUCAAUUCCCUUCUCCAAUGCCGCGCCUACGCCUCAACCCCAACCUUCGACCCAAGCGGCCGACUACUGGCUGGCGUCAAUAAAGCGACAGGGCAAAGCGGCCUUUAAUACUGAUGGUAAUUAUCAAAUUUUUCGAAACGUGAAGGAGUUUGGUGCAAAAGGUGAUGGCUCAACCGAUGACACUGAGGCCAUCAACAAGGCCAUCUCUACCGGAAACCGAUGCGGCUUGGGUUGCGACUCGUCCACUGUCACCCCUGCUCUUGUUUACUUCCCUCCAGGCACAUACGUUGUUUCAAAACCCAUUAUCCAGUACUACUACACCCAGUUGGUUGGCGAUGCCGUCAACCUCCCGGUGAUCAAGGCGGCGUCGAACUUUGCCGGCAUCGCGUUGAUCGAUGCUGACCCAUAUACCGACGAAGGCAACAACUGGUACACGAACCAGAACAACUUCUUCCGCCAAAUCCGUAACUUUGUUAUCGAUUUGACCGGUUUGGACAGGGGCACGGGAGCAGGUAUUCAUUGGCAAGUGGCCCAGGCGACUAGUUUGCAGAACAUUCGAUUUGAAAUGGUUCGCGGAGGUGGUGAUGCGAACAAACAAAUAGGUAUUUUCAUGGACAAUGGCUCUGGUGGUUUCAUGACCGACUUAAUCUUCAAUGGUGGGAACUACGGCGCUUUCCUGGGCAAUCAGCAGUUUACUACCAGGAACCUGACCUUCAAUGAAUGCAAUACCGCGAUCUUUAUGAACUGGAACUGGGCAUGGACCUUCAAGUCCGUCACCAUCAACAAUUGUGGCGUAGGCCUGAACAUGUCCAACGGCAUUACCAACCAGACUGUCGGCUCCGUUUUGAUUCUGGACAGCAAGGUGAGCAAAACACCCAAGGGCGUCGUCACCGCAUUCGACAGUGGUGUACCAGCGACCGGUGGGACGUUAAUACUGGAUAACGUUGAGUUUUCCGAAUCCAGCGUCGCCGUAUCUGGGGUGACUGGAGAAACGAUCCUCGAUGGAAAUUCUGUUGUAAAACACUGGGUUCAGGGCCAUGCUUACCUUCCUGGGUCCACCUCUGAUGCUUCCAAAUUGAAGAGGUUUGCUCCCGAGAGCGAACCAGAACCAGCGGAUCGCGUGAAGGUCGUUACAGUUUACGACUGUCCCACUCCACUGCCGGCUGCUACUGAUUCUGGUCCUGUGGAACUCCCUCCACAAGCUCCAUCCACAGCUGCUCCGUCCGACACCGUUGCUCCGCCAGGACAGAGCCCAAGUUCUCCGCGUCAGCCAGAGUCCUCUGAAGUCUCGCCGUCACAGACGACCGUCUCCUCACCGCCAGCCCCCACGCCCUCGCAGUCUGAGACUGAGAGACCUUCCGGAACUUGCGCCAGCACACCAGUUGCGAGGACCCGAGUCCAAUCACAGGUGCCAGGGCCCUCCAAGCCCGCUGUUCUCCUGGACGGGUCCGGCAAGGUUUUUGAACGCGCGAAACCACAGUACGAGAACGUUCCGGCAUCCUCUUUUAUCAGCGUCAAAUCAGCAGGUGCCAAAGGUGAUGGCAAGACUGAUGACACAGAAGCUAUCCAAAGAGUUUUGGACAGCGCAAAGCCAGAUCAAAUUGUUUACUUUGAUCACGGUGCCUAUCUGAUCACUAAUACGGUCAAAGUUCCAAAGAACAUCAAGAUCACCGGUGAGAUCUGGCCGUUAUUGAUGGCCACCGGACCUGCUUUCUCCGAUGAAAAGAACCCCAUUCCCAUGCUUCAGGUCGGCCAGCCAGGCGAUAAAGGCGUUGUCGAAAUCUCCGACUUGAUGCUUGAGACCAAAGGUCCGGCUCCUGGUUGCAUUCUGGUUGAAUGGAAUAUCCAUGAAGAGACACAAGGAUCGGUUGGAAUGUGGGAUGUCCAUCUUAGAGUCGGUGGUUCCGCAGGCACCGAGCUGCAGAGUGACCGCUGCGCCAAGACACCAAAUUCCACCACCACGCCUGACCCUGAAUGCGUCGGUGCCUUCAUGCUGGUCCAUCUUACCGAGUCAGCCUCUGCGUACUUUGAGAAUACCUGGUUCUGGGUUUCGGACCAUGAGCUGGAUCGGUCUGACCACGGACAAAUCAACAUCUAUAACGGCAGAGGUGUUCUCAUCGAGAGUCAAGGCCCAGUAUGGAUGUAUGGGACGGCUUCUGAGCACAACACCCUUUACAACUACCAGGUUCAUAAUGCCAAGAAUGUCUACAUGGCUCUGAUCCAGACAGAAACACCAUAUUUCCAAUCCAACCCGGAUGCCCUAGUCCCGUUUGCGCCAAAUGCGAAAUUUAACGACCCAACCUUUGGCGACUGCACAACCGCGGCCUGCAAGAAAGCAUGGGGCCUCCGUGUCAUUCAGUCAAGCGACGUCUUCCUUUACGGAGGCGGCUUGUACAGUUUCUUCGAGAACUACGGCCAGGAAUGUCUCCAAACGGAAUCCUGCCAGCUUAACAUGAUCGAGGUCGAGUGUUCUCAGGUCUACCUGUACGCAAUCAGCACAAAAGCGAGUACGAACAUGAUCACAUCUGGCGGCAAGGGUCUGGUGUUGCAGAAGGACAACCGAAACAACUUCUGCUCCACCGUUGCGUUUUUCCACCAGGGACUAUAGGUUGGAGAAUUAUGGGGUAUUUCCCCUUGCGGAUAAUGUGUAGAUAUUCCUAACCUCCUUCGAUGUAUGUAUGUUUUAAAAUAUGAGACUCCAUGAUAACACUUUUAGCCAUAUUCUG